AUAGGCAUGCCAUCGGGCGAAAACAAAUUCCAAUCCACUUCCCAUCCCACCAUAUUAUGUUUCCAAACAAAAUUCCAUGCUGAGCGGAAUUCGCAGCUUUCCGAUGGACGUGGACGUCUCGGUGUGCGUGUUCUGCGUCGCCCCAGUGGUGGACGGAGGAAUCGUACUGUCCGAGGUGGACUUGGACAGGCUGAGGAGGUGGUGGAAAAGCGGCACAGGCGAGGAAGUCUGCGAAAACUCGAUUCGAAACAAGCGCAGCUGCAUGAAUUGUGCUCGGGAGGCGAGACGUUUAUUCGAACUCAAUGAUGAUGGCAAAGAUUAUGCUUGGUGGCCUAUGGAAGACCCUUUCUACGAAUAUUACAAACGUGGCUGGAUGAGAACUUGCACCGUUAAAUUAAAAAGGUUGACAGAUGAAGAAAUCUUUUCUGGCCUGAAUUUACACCCGGUGAAAAUAAAGAUGGAGCUGGAGUGUGAUGAAAUAGAAUUUCCUUUAUCCACGUCUGCAGCCCGCAGUCAUGAGGAAAUUGUCGUCAAAGUGGAGAAAAGAGAACAUGACGAAAUUUCCACAGGCAAAGAAGAAAUUGGCGAUGAGAUUCCGCCACCAAGCCCACCAAAGAUACCCACUAUUGAGGCUGUUUCUCCUGUGGACACGGCUUCUCAAAUUCAGCCUACGGUGGUGUGCUUCUACUGUCAAGAGAAAGGUCCCCGAGGGACGUUCUUUGAACAGCACAUGAGUUGCAAAACCUGUGAGAGUUGCAAAGCCUCAUUCUCGUGUGGCGGUCUUUUGAGGAAGCACAUUGCAACCUGCAUCAAGGCCAGUGAAGAUCUGGAAGUUUCAGACAAUUCUAUUCUUCUAAGUCUCCUUGAGGGUGUGCUGGAACGUCCAAACGUGGACAAUGCAGUCACGCAACCCAAAGUGAAAGCAGUGGAUGAUUUUAAGUGUCUCUUUUGCGUGGAAUCUUUCAAUCUCAAGGCAUUCUUUGAUGAACACAUGCAAAAAGUGCACAAAAGUUCUACAAGUGGCACUUUCAAAUGCGGGACGUGCGACAAAAAUUUCAUUGGAAUUCUUCCCCUCCAAUCACAUUUGAAGAUACACAAAUUCGAAAGUGAGAACAAAUUUGAACUUUUCUUUGUCGAGGGAGACACUACUGCUACCGUCAACCCAUCUGGCGCCAAGCUGAUGAAGUGCACCUUUUGCUCUAAGCUUCUUAACGAGGCCAUCCUUGCACGUCAUAUUUUGAACAUGCACGCCUCAAAACCAUCCGAGUUCGAGAAUGUCAAGUGCCAACUCUGCGAUUUCAACGCAGACAAUGACAAGAGUCUUCGGGAGCACCACAUCAAGGAGCAUCCUGACGCCAACCAAUUUCAGUGCCAAUUUUGUCAAACCAACUUCCGCUUCAAAACGCUCUUUCAGUACCAUGUUUGCCGCAAAAAGCCAAAGGCCAUCUGUGAGGUCUGCGGCUUGGAGAUGUACACAGAAUUCAUGGACGCGCACAAGAAAGUCGAAGGGCACGCUGACAAAAACUGCAACGUUUUCCCACAAUGCCAAACGAUGAAAAAAAUGCACGAGUUGUGCAGCAUUUUUUGCACCGUCUGCAAAACAAAAUUCUGCUCCCUGGCUGACCUGCUUGUGCACACUCUGCUGACGCAUGGCCAGGAGGAGGUGACCAAGUUGAAGGGUGUGUGCCACGCCCACUUGGACAUCAUGUGCGAAAAGUGCAACUUCUACUUCCCCUGCGAGGUCAGCCUUAGCAGUCACAUGAACGCAUGCCACAUCAACCCUUUGCUGCACGCCUGCAAGUUCUGCGGACAAUUGAUGGGAUCGUUGGAGAACCUGAAAUACCACUUCAGCGCUGUCCACCAAUUGGGUGAAUCGGGCUACCACUGCGAAACUUGCAACCUGUACUUCUUCCUCAAGACGGCCUACCUUCGUCACACAUCGAAGAAGUCAUGCCAUACCCCAAUGAUCAAAGCUCCUGAGGACCUGAAGGUCCUAGCGUACUUUGCCAAGGAGAGUAGGAAGAAUGGGAGGGUCUAUAAAAGGUCUAAGAGGAUAGAGUGCAGCAAGUGCAAACAAAGAUUCAACAAUCCCAACAACUUCAACAACCACAUGAUACUUUGCUGCAACGAAGGCAGCAUUGAAAAGCAGUGUCUGGUGUGCAACAAGGAGUUCGAUACAAACGCCCACAUUCACUGGCACAUCUACUUUGACCAUUUGCUCGACCCCAAGUUCAAAGACCAACUUGCUGUUGAUCGCAUACUUUACUGCAACUUCUGCAGAAAGUCUUUCAAAUCCCAUAUCUACAUCAGCCACCUCGAGACAGCUCACAAAGAGGCCCUGGUUUGCAGAUUCUCAUUCCAGCGGUAUGGCAGGAUCUACAACUGCAACUACUGCCCAAUGAAGUUACAGGAGAAGCACGAGGCACGGGAGCACUUUGAGAAGGACCACGAGGGGAAACUGGACACUGUCUGCAUCUACUGCCGGAAAUACUGCCACAAAAUGCAGGAUGUGACCGAACACAUCAAGCUGGUCCACGCCAAGGAAAAUGUGUCCACAAGUAAUCCAGUGGAUGACACCCUGACCUGUUACCACUGCCAAAAGGACGUCCUUGCCUCUGAAUCCUUGGCCCACUACAAAGUACACAUAAAAGAGGCCCUUGAGGUGCCCGUACCCCACAGUACGGAAACUGAAAAACCAAAGUUGUCUGAUGAAAUAAUCAUGUUUGACUCGGACGACGAUGAGGACAUGGACAUGGACAUCUUAGACUCUUCACUCAAAUUGGGAGGCGGUCGGAAAUGCGAUUUCUGCGAUGAGAUAGUGGCCCCUGCUGAGAUGGUCGACCACCUCACCGAAAAACACGCCCCAAAACCUGUGGAGCUUGAAGUACCACUAGCACCGAUCUUAAUAAUCAAACCGAUUAUCGAGGAAUCCACCCCCGCCCCUACUCUCCCAAAACUUCCGAACCACAAAAUAAAGGUGAGCUGUAACCAUUGCGGGACGGUCCUUCUUCGGUGCAACUUCUGUCGGCACAGCAAAGUGCAGAACCAUCCCAAGGGCACGAGCUUCACAGUUUUGACACAAGUUGUAGACACCCGAGUGUUCUGCAAAGUGUGUGGGGUGCCAGUGGCGAGUGAAAAAUUUGCAGAGCACACUAAAGAAUGCAAAGCAAUGCAAGUGACUGCUGGGGCGGGACUUGGGCUCAGCGGCACAUUGAGCGAGGGAGCGCAGCCAGCGCGGCGCAGUUUGCCUAAAUUACUCCCUAAACUGGCCGUCCGCCCAUCAGUAUCGGGCCAGGUGACAACAGCGGAAUCCUGUCACAAGUUCAUUGAGCAAAAAGAGGGCAAAUGGAAACGGAUUUGUUGCUGGUUUUGCAGCAAGUGGAUGCACCCGAACAGUUUGGCUAGACACAUUCUUUGCUCUCAUCCAGAAGAGGCCGACAAAAACAAUGAGGCAGAGUCGAAAUCGCAAUUAGAGGAAGAGAGUCGGGUUAUUUACUCCAGUGAAGAUUCGGCAAUGCUAGAAGAUGAUUCUCUCGAUUCCAUUAGCAUCAAAGAAGAAGUUUUCCUUGAUGAUUGAACUUCAUGCGUAUUUAUUCCAUUGUAAAAAUUAUUAGUUCCUUCGGAUUUGGUAUCCAGAUGUAGUGGCUACUAUUUUUAAUAAUCUUUAGAAAAUCCCUCAAUAGUUAAUUUGAACUAGUUUUAUUUUAAGUAUUUUUGUUUGUAAAUAAUUUGCAUUCCACUGUCUGUAAGUGACAACAAAAACCGACAAAAACUUUGGUUAAGUUUGACAAUUGCGUUUCUAAUAAUAAAUAAUUUAUUACAAACGAA